AUGUCACUUACAAUUCGCGGAAUUGAACGAGAAGGCAGCAGCCUUCGCGCGAGCCUCACACGCCUUCACGCGAGUCUCACACGCCUUCAACUUCCCAUCCAGAUCAUCUUUCUCGCUCUCGCAAGCUGCUUUGUCGUCUUCGCAGUCCGUGGGGAAUGGCUCGGUCUCUGGCUCCUCGGGGAAUGGAUCAUCGAGCUUCUUCAUGUAGUACACUCCGGCGCUAGGCUUGUCUUCGCCGGCCGCAUCGCCAACCACACAACGCUUGUGCUUGGGACCGUAGGAGCAGUACUCGGAACCUGCAUCUCUGCAGAUCUCGGCACAAGCCUCGAUAGUAGCGAUGUCCUUGUGGAGAUUUCCAGUUCGGUAGGUGUUGCACUUGUACUCGACUUCGUAUGCCGGUACAACUUCCUCCUGCUUUCCUGGAACACACUCGGCACUGACCUGGGCUGCACCCAAGAGAAGAGCGGGGAGAAUGGCAAGGGCGUUGAACUUCAUGGUGGUGAUUGGUUCGGGGAAUUGGUCAAUCCUUUUUAA